AUGCCAUCCAUAACCCGCGAAAACGCGCGAAUAUGGCUCCUCCUCUUCAUCCUCCUCAUGACCAUCCUCUCCCGCAACGACGCCACAGGCCUCAUCACAGCCCCCUUCUUCAGCUCCAACCGCCUCAGCCGAUUCCGCGCCGCCCACGGCGUCCUCAACAGCACCAAAUGGGGGGACUUUGCCCCCGGCACGGCCAAGGACGGUCUCCCGCCCUGGCAGGCGCCGCGGUACCUGAACCUGACCGGGUUCCGCGAGGCGGACGGGUACGGCUGGGACGACCUGGCGUAUUUUAAGGACCGGUCGCGGCAGUGGAGUCGGCAUGCGUAUCCGCCGUCGCCGAAAGGGGCUGCGGAUUGGGAACAUGGGCCGGUGCGGAAGACGUGGCAGAAUGCCACGGGCACGGUGCAUGGGAAGUGGGUGCGGAGGGAAGGGUCUGGGACGAAGCAUGCCGGGGGGUAUAAUUUGAGUGCGAUUGCGCCUGGUGUGCAUUGGGUGGUGGACGAGAAUGUGGAUUGGGGGUGGAAUGUGACGGGGUUGCAUGGGACGGUUUUGUUGCGGCUUACGGAGGACGCGGGGGAUGAGGUCUACGAGGAGGAGCCUGCGGAGGGUUUGCAGCCGUCGGCGGGUGAUACGGCGAGAGAGAUCUCGGCUGUGGCGAAUAUCCAGGAUGAGGACCACGCGGUGUCGAGCUUUGCUGUGCGACUUCAUGGUGUGCAUUGGCCGGCGCAGGGGUCGAUUUUGUUGACGACGACGACGGAAAAGUUUGCGGGCAUCUUUGGACUGCCGCACUUGGUUCCGAGCGUGGAGUUCUACCAGUCCGGCCAGCGGUUGCUUAACAAGACCGUGGGUGAGGUACUGGACAAGAAGGAACGGAGCAGGUUUGCGGACGCUAGCAACCCCUGGACGCCGGUGGUCGAGGAGGAGGUUUCGGUCCCGUUCCCGCGCUGCGAGUACAUCAUGUACCUGCAGUUACACCCGCUGGAUCCGCUUAUCAUUGGGGAGGAUGGCUUGGGCGAUCAGUUAGUGCCGGUUGUUGACCAGCUCGAGGAGGAACUCCGCUUUCCCACGGGCGCACCGCUACGAGGCAACCCGGAUUUGCGCAUGUCCCUUGUCGCUUGGUCUCCCGACUGCGGAUACUACCUCGAGUCCAAGGGCCCGCCGCUGUUCCCCUGGGUGGAGGGCCACCACUUGGUGGGUGUCAAAUCGGAGGUGCUGCUCUCACGCACGAAAUCGUGGAUGUUUGCGUUCGCGGCCGUCUUGAUGGCGCAGCUUUGGCUGCUCAAGGGGCAGAUGAAGGAGUCGAACACCCCCUCGACGCUUGGGCGUAUCAGCUUCCAGACAGCGGGUAUGAUGUUGCUAGCGGAUGGUCUGGUCUUUGCGUGCUCGUCGGCGUGGAGUCUCUCGGCGACCAACACGUUUCUGCCCGCGCUCAUCUUGACAUUCGCCGCGUUCAUGUCCAUGGCGAUCGGCGCGGGGUUCUUGUCUGAGAUUUAUAAACAUCAAGAACCAGAACGACGGCGCGAACAGACGCGCAACAACGCUACUGCGCCCUCCCGAAACGCCCCGACAUCCGUACCUACCUCAACCACGGCCACUCCCCCGGGUAACCCACCGGUUCCUACAAUCACCACCACUCCCGCUCGGCCCCCUACUCCACCCAUCAUCAUCCCUUCCGACCAAGACAUAGACGCUGAGAUCGCCGAGAACACCGCAAACAGCAACAUCAACAACAACAUCAACGUCAACAACAACAUCGCCGCGGGCGCAGCCGCCCUUCCCCUCCCGAUCACCACACCCAACCCCAACACCGCCAUGACCAACGCCCCGCGCGUCGGCACCUUCGCCUCCAUGACAGGCACCUUCGUCCUCCUCGGCAUCGGCAUCCUCCUCCUAACAACCAUGUCCCUCUCCUGGCCACCCCACGCCCGCUCCCUCUUCUUCCACCUCCUCGCCUUCACCUACCUCUCCCUCUGGACGCCCCAAAUCCGCCGCAACGUCUGGCGCAACAGCCGUCGUGCCUUCGCCUGGCGCUUCAUGGUCGGCCAGUCUGUUUUGAGACUCGUCCCCUUUGCGUAUUUCUAUCUGGACACGGAUAACGUCCUGUUUGUUGACACCGACCCAGUUGCGUUUUUGGUGUUGGUCGCGUGGGUGUGGUGUCAGCUGGUGGUGCUGGCUGUGCAGGAUGUGUUGGGACCGCGGUUUGGUUUGCCGUCGCGGUGGAUGCCGGAUGUGUGGGAGUAUCAUCCUGUGUUGAGGGAGGGGGAUGUGGAGGCGGGGGGGUUGCCGAUUGGGUUGGUGUCGUCGUUGACGAGUAUGUCGGCUGUUGGGGACGAUGACGACGAUACUGACGACGACAACGACGACCAUGGCCAUGACCAUGCCAGCGGCGGCAAGCACCGCGCCAGAAGCUGGUCCAACACCUCCAGUACCGCCGGCCUCACAGGCACGGGCAAGAGAGAACGGGAGAAGGAGCUCAGCCGUCACGGCAUGGUUGUCCGCGAAGUCGACUGUGCCAUCUGCACCGAGGUGCUGGAGGUUCCGGUGGUAAGGGCCAAUGCCAAAGACCCUGCGGCUGCGGGCGGGCUGGUCGGUGUGCUGGCGCGUCGGGCGUAUAUGGUCACGCCGUGCCGGCAUAUCUUUCAUACUAAGUGUUUGGAGGGCUGGUUUCGGUAUAAAUUGCAGUGUCCGAUUUGUAGGGAGGAGUUGCCGCCUUUGUGA